AUAUAGUGUAUUUUUUUGGCUGGCUGGGAGGAGGCUGGAUCUAUGUAUUGCAUACACCACCACCGGUAUUAUCUGUUUAUUGUAUGUGAGACUUGUCAGAUUUCCUGCCGUGGUUCUCUGGUAGAGCCAUCCCGAUUUAUCGGCGUCAGGAAGAUCGGCUGCGGCGUAAACUUAACCCGCGCGGGAUGACGAUGGUGGUAGCGGAUUUCCAAUUCCGGGGACAAUUGUACGUACUUCAAUAUUUAUAACCUUACUCCUCAUCUUUUUUCCCCUUUCGUUGGCUUUACGGCGGACUGUUCGUUGUUGUGGCUCGAUAAUAUCAAUUGGGGUCUCCAAAACUUUGCCGCCUUAUCAAUAGAUUGUCGCCGCCAGACACGUCGGCGGCCUCCGUUCAUACAACCCCACCUCACCUCGACGCAUCAACAACCCCUCAUCCACCACCAAAUCUUGCGCCUCAUCACCGUAAAAAACGCUCAUUAUGGCCUCUAACGCCCCAAUCGACAGCCCCUCCACCACCUCGCCCUCAAACCGACCCACGACCACCUCAAGCAACCCCUCCACCACCACCACCACCUCCCCCCAACCAACACUCACCCACCCCAACCCCUCCACCACCACCCUCUCAACCCCCACCUGCCACGCGACCCUCACCACCCUCCCCCUCUCCGCCACACACAUCCUCUCCCUAGUGCGCUCCCCCCACUCCGGCGCCAACGUCCUCUUCUCCGGCACAACACGCUCGACCUUCGGCACCGAAACCGUAACGGGCUUAUCCUACUCCGCCUACGCGCCUCUCGCGCUGCGCUCCAUGCUGCGAAUCUGCACGGACAUACAGGAGAAGUACGGGGCGUCGGGGGUGGCGAUCGUUCAUAGGUUGGGGGAGGUGGGGGUGGGGGAGGAGAGUAUUCUGGUUGCGUUGGCGACGAAGCAUAGGGGGGAGGCGUGGAGGGGGGGGGAGGAGGCGUUGGAGAGGUGUAAGGGGGAGGUGGAGGUGUGGAAGAUGGAGAGGUUUGAAAGCGGGGGGGUGUGGAGGGCUAAUAGGGAUGGGGGGGUGGGGGAGAGGGUGGAUGAUGGGGGGGUGGAGGGGAAGGUUGGGGGGGAGAAGGUGGAUGAAGGUGUGGAGGAGGAAGUUGGGGGGGAGAAGGUGGCGGGGGAUGCUGUGGAAGAGGAUGCUGCGCCGGAGCAGAUAAUCGUAAAAUCUGACCCCCUUCCGGAAGAGGAAGAUACCAGGCGACCUGGGCCGCCGCUCGAGAAAGGGCAUGGACCGGUUGUACAUCAGAAAUAGGCCUGUGGUGGUUCGGCGUAUGUAUUGGACAUGAAGGUUGUUAGCUUUAUACCCAAGCUUCUAUGCGGAGGCUGGCUGGCUUUCAUGUGCCAAGCAAAUUUUGUCUGGAGCUCAAUGAAGAAGAUGAACAUGUGCUGUAUUUG